AUGUGCUCUCUCUCUCUCUGACUUGCUCUCUUACACACUUUCUCCCUCUCUCUCUGUGGCUCCGGUAUAAGAGGACAUUUGUGAUGGAGUCCACAUUACUUCACUUUUAUGCAGAGGAGAAGAGCACUUGGAUAGCAAGCUCCAACCUGGCCAUGAAACUUAUCUUGCUCUUCACAGCCUCCCUCACCUGGGCCUUCCAGCAGCAGGCUGAACUAUCCAAGUACCAGUACCGCGACCCGGUGACUUCUGACCUCCUCCUGUGUGACCAGUGUCCCCCUGGCACGGCCGUAAAGAAACAUUGCACUGCUGACAGGACCACAGAGUGCCAAGCCUGCCCGGAGAGGCACUUUGCAGACAGUUGGCACUGGGGGGACUCGUGCCAAUACUGCACCUUGGUAGGUACAGCGGUGGUGUGCAAAGAGAGACAGCUGGUGAAGCAGGAGUGCAACAGCACCCACGAUCGAGUGUGCGAGUGUGCUGCAGGUUUCCACCUCGUGGUCGAGUUCUGCAUCACACACAGCUCCUGCCCACCCGGCUAUGGAGUGACAGCUUUAGGUACUCCAGUGAGUGACACUGUGUGCAAGCAAUGCCCCGCCGGUCAUUUCUCCGGCAGCCGCUCCUCCACAGAACCUUGUCGACCGCACAGAAAUUGCACUGAUUCAGGCCUGAAGACAUUGAGAUGGGGAACGUCCGCUUCAGACAGCAUCUGUGGGAGUCAGGACCAAAUUAUGGCCAUCGAUUGUGCUCACCAGCACACUUUGUGCCACACAGAUGUGCUUUUGUGCGAAGAGGCGGUUUUCCAGUCGCUUGCCUCCCUGCAGCUGUCCUCUGUGCCCCUGGAUCAUCUGCUGGAAAGUCUUCCGGGCCGGAGGGUGGAUGGCAAGAGCGUGGAGAGGCUGAAGAAGGCCUGUUCUCCACAACAGCAAGUCCUACAGCUGCUGCGGCUGUGGAGGCAGCAGAACAAGGACCAGGACAAGCUGUAUGGCAUCAUAAAAGGCGUGAACCACUGUGAGCGGAAGGUCUCCCGCUGCAACAGCCUGAAAAACCUCACUUUGGGUGACCUCUUGGAGGUCACCAACAGCCUCCCUGGAGUAAAAGUUCCCCGGGAGGAUGUGUCGGCGCUCGUGGCGACUUGUCUCCCCAAACAGUACAUCCUGCAGCUCCUCCACCUUUGGAAGACGGCCAAUUUUGACCUGGAUCUAGUGAAAGGUCUAUCUCACAGUCUGAGGGUGCUACGGAGCAAAGGGGCACCGCGCUACCUUCUCAAGGGCCUGAAGAAAAUCAGCCGCAUUAUUGGGUCCACCUCCACACGCAAGACAUAUGAGAAGAUGUUUGUUAGCAUGCUCCAAGAUGAGCUAUGUUUUAAAACUCUUAAGCCGUUCAAUGAAUGAGGGCAAGAUUUUGAUCAGGCAUGGGCAUUUGACUACAUUUACUUUAUUCGACUAUGGGGCAAAUUAAAAAGACCACUUAGGUGUUUUUUCAGAAAUGAUUGCAUUUUCGAUUGGUCGAGAUGAUGGUCAGCACAUCCGACUGUUCUGAUAUUUCAUGGUUCAAGUUGUUCUCACUGUGCUAGCGGUAUUCUCCAAGUGCUCUGGCUUCCUCCCAUUUUCAACUGCAUGUUAGAUUAAGUGAAAACUAAACUGCCCAUAGGUGUGAGUGUGAAUAGCUGUUUGUCUAAAUGUGUGACUGACUGGCAAUCAAUUCAGCUCACCUGCAGAACCCGAAAGAGGUCAUGCGUUAUAGAAAAUGAAUGAGUGGAUGGUUGGGAGAAAUCUCACUCUGUAUGUUCUGAAUUUCUGUUUCGAGUGUAUUAUUGAGUAGAAUACCGGUUCUCAAAGGGGCUUGACUUCCCGGAGCUUGUGUCCAAGACCACAUAGCAGUUGGCAGUGAAUCAACAGCACAUCUGCUGGUGGCAGGCCAAAAAUAAAGCUUCAUUUUGCCUCAACAAGACGUCAAAAAUCUUCAGCAGAGACUGCCACCAUCAACAAAUGUUGAUGUCAAAGUAGUUGACAUGAUUUUUUAUGCCCAUCCUUAGCUUCAAUUCACAGUAAUUACAUAAGCAGACACAUACUCACCAAGAUUAGUUAAACUCCGUCCAAACAUUAAGUGCACCUAAACAAUCCCAUGGAUCCAAUAUAGGAGCAAUAGGCCUAUUUAUAAUGUAAAAUUAACAUUAGCUUUGUACAUUUUUGUCUGAGGUCUGUUAUUAUUAUUAUUAUUAUUAUCAUUAUUAUUAUUAUUAUCAUCAUUAUUAUUAUUAUUAUUAUUCAUGGGUUGAGCAGGUUGUGCAUUCCAACAGUAGGUCUCAUAAUGGCAUAAAUUCUGUCGGAUGCCACUGAAGUAAGCUAUAAGUAUCUACACACAUGAUUAUAAUGUGCUGUUAUUUGUGUUUCUUGUAAUAAUAUAAUGAUACCCCUUGAUCAUACCCCUUACAGAUUGAAUAAUUAAUACACUAAUACUUUUGCCCACUUAGUCUUUUAAGGAAUUCUAAUUAUAUGAUGGUUUAUUUGAGGCCGACCGCAACAUAAUCUUUGGGAAAUAUUCCAUGGGAAUUGUUUGAGUCUGUGAAAGGUAAUAUACGGUACAAACUAUUUAAAAUGUAAAUAGUAAUAUUUUAUGAAAAGUGGGCAAGCAAAUUUAGUUUCGGGUUUUUUUCCUUUUUUUUUCUUUCUCGCUAUUUGAGGGGAAGGAUUUGAUUUCAAAAUGAAAUCUAGGUAAGAUCUAUAUACUGUAUGUCCUUUGUUGCUUUUGUCUGCGACUGCUGGCAAGUGAAGCUUAUAGGAAUUUUAUUUUGUAAUUGUCAGCUUUAUGAAUGUACAACUGUUUUGUAUUUAAAAAAAAGGGAAAUUUAAUUUUCCAUUCUAUGUAAAGGCUUGUUUUUUUAUUGCUUGAAAAGAAAUACUGGAUUUUAAAUGCUGCAAAUUUUUGAAAGGAUAUGUGUUUUAUUACGUUUUAUUUGUUUUUUGACUUAAUAUUAUGAACUCCGUGUGUGUGUGUGUGUGUGUGUGUGUGUGCGUGUGUGUGUGUGUGUGUGUGUGUGCGUGUGUGUGUGUGUGUGUGUGUGUCUGUAUAUAUGUAUAUAUAUAGCUCAUGUAACUGUAAUGCCAAGUGGAUUGUACAAAAGCAUUGCUUCAUAAAAGGUGGGACUUUU